GACAGAGGCAUACUCACCUUGGAGUGCUCUUCUUUUAUGUGCUUGUGUGUGCUUGUGCCUUUUUUAUCGUGCAUUUGUGUGUCCUGCCCGUAUUUUAGGAUCAAAAGGUCUUUGGAUGAUUAAAAAGAGAUUUGUGGCCCCCCAGACCAACUGUGUGUUUAUGGUGCACACAAGGGUGUACUUUCAAAGUAAAUUGAUUUAUGACCUGACAUGAUUUGUAUACAGAACAACUAAUUACUUAAUAUAUAGAUGACAUUUAAAAUGUCUCUUUAGCUUUAAUUCUAAGUGAAAGCCUGUAUCUCCACCAUCGCAGAAGUCUGUCUUACCAGUUUCCACUAGUGUAAUAGCAAUUUAACAAUAAAAGAAACCUCUCUAGAUUUCUUUAUAAGAAUCACAUAUUUUACUGAAUGUGAUUUAGAGCAGGAAGUGUUUGUAUCAAUCAAAUUGCUUUAAAAAAGAGUUUUUCCAUUAAUCAUACACUUUCUGUCUUUUUUUGUUUGGCACAGUCUGUAAUAUCCACAAAAUGACUUCCCUGAGUGUAGCCAGCCCCCAUCCGGAAUAAUCAUCAUCAUUAUUGUCACAGUUAUUUUCACAGUCAAUUUAGUUUGGUCUCUAAUGGGGAAUCAUUUCAUCAUGUGGCCGAAUCUAACCAUAUCAGCUACAAAAAGUGCAGGCCUGUUUUAGCCGAUGUGUUAACACUGCGACGCAGUUUCUAUUCUUCUUGGAAAAUACUCUCAAUUUUAAACCAGUUUGGGUCACAUUCAUGUUGCCAGUGUGCUGGUUAAUGAUACAUAACAAGAACAACAAUCAGUGGUCUUGCGAACAGGCGUUAUCAGUGCUGAUAACGGGACUUGUGCCUUCUGCAACACCAGACCGAGAGGAGGUCUGUCCACCAGCCGGAGAAUUGUGGAAAUAAACUCAUGCCGAUGUUUGUGAAUACAAAACUCACAGCUGAAAUGUGGGCAGGUAAUGAGUGUGCAAUGAGGUGUGUCUCCACAUGAUUAACAUUGAAUGGGUUGUUUGUACAAGACAGUGAAAGAACAAGUGUUUGCUGUAAUUGCUCACAUGGGCUGCAGCCAGGAGGCUAGAACCUGAGUGAUACCCUCUGAAAGAGAGGAAUAAAUCAUGGAUACAGAGCUGUGAAUUAAUAAGUGCAGCAGGUGCCUCCACAAAUUGAAAUGCAUAAGUAUAUACAGAGUAUUCACCUAUCAUUGAAUUGACUCAUUCAGAUGGGGAAUAUAUCCUCUGCAUGUGAGAGCGCCAAUGGGAAUCUAAUUUAGUGAUAUGUGGGGCUUGAAGAAGAAAGCGUGGUCAUAGCGGCCUUAUCAUGCAGAUGAAGUGCUGCACAGCCCUGCGUGUGGUGCCACAUGACUCAUCCAGACCUUUGUUACGGAUCUAUUGAUCGGUAUGUAAAUAAAGUCUCCUGCCACACCAAUAAAAGCAGAAAGGAAUACCAAUGCUUAAGGAUAUCGCAUGGUGCAGUCUAAUCUUAGAUUCAUAUAUAUUAUUCACAGAUUGGAUCUAGCUAUUUAAAUCCUGUUUCCUGAUGCCAAUGUCUGUUAAUGAGGAUGAUAAUGAAAAUCCAAUGGAAAGAAUUAGCAUAUCAGAAACAAUGUUGAUCCUUAAUGACAUGAGAUGGUUGAUUGGUUUGGACAGAAGGAGAGAAAAUGAAGUGUGUGGGUGAAUGUGAAAAGGAGAAACUAACAGGUGUGGGGAAGAAAUAGAAAAGAGGAAGAAGAGCAAAUUAGAGGGGGGAAUUAGCGACAGCUUGCGUGAGUGUACACUGGGCUGCUAAUGAGGACUGAGAGGUCCUCAUUUAUCAGAUCGGGUUAAACCUGGUCAAAGGGAACUAAUCAAGGGACUGACAUGCACGCACAAGACAGGCAAGGAAGGGAUGGAACUUUCAUUACGUUUGCAUUAUUGCACCCAGGGUUGACUUACCUGUUUGUCUGCCACUGAUGCCGCCUUCAUUUCAUGUUGAUAAGUCAUAAACUGGCCAACCAGGUUGAGGUCAUUGUCUGGAAAUGCAAACAAGUGCAAAACACCAUGAGAGGUAUGCGUUUCUCUGCCAAUCAAGAGAUGGCAAGACAGAACUAAAGACAAUACACAAUAGACAAUAGUUUGACAUCAAAACACAGGGAGUACGCCUGGGACAUUCAGAGUCAACCUCAUGUUUUCUACUUUUAUUCAAAGUUAAAUUUGUUGUUAAAAAGUUGCUUCUCAUUUGACCAAAUAAGUUCACUUAAAAGGACCAAAGCAGUGGAUUUGCAUCACAUCCCUUAUACUUUACAUCUUCUGUGUUAUUUGCAUGUAGCCUAUUUUUGUACCAUUUCAGACAUCCAUUGUCACACAAUAUGAAACUAUUAGCGUGCUCAAAUGGCAUUAUCAUGCAACAAUAAUGCAAAAUUGACAGAUAUUACGUUGCAGACCUGAUUUUCACUGUGGCAGAGCCUGCUGAUUCAUUUUCAUGCCAUACAGAAAUUAAUGAAAAACAGUGAUGUGGAUCUGUAAAAAAAUGCCAAAAAUAAGGAAAAAAAUCAAAUGCUCUUUAUUUGCAUAGCCUGCAUUUGUAAAUAAUCUACAAAAAUGGCAACUACACACAUGAAUAAGAUGCAAUCAUGUAGUUAUUGUCUGUUAGUUUUGGCCUUAAAUCAGCUUCAGCCCUAUAUGUCUAUGAGUUGAAUUCACAUUGUAUUUUCUUAUAUCUAACCAGGUUUAUGCUUAAUAACCUCUGUUUGUUCUGAAUCUCUGUCACAUGAUAUAUAUGGCCAAAUGCGUCAUUUUGACAAAAUAACAAAGUAGUGAUUUUCUCACCCCAAAAAAUGUGUCUCUUGAAGACAUUUGGUACUCAACACAAACAGAUCGUGCUUGGAUCUCGGCAUAGCUGGAACAUGACGUAGUUCAUCAAAGGGAAUGACCAAAACAUGUGUGAACAGCGAGAAAAGAGGACUGAGAUGUUGAAAGAUGUUAAUGCUCGGUAUAACAUUUUCUUGCGCACUUUAAUUACCUGUUUCUGUCAUCCCUGAGGCACUAGUCCUGUGUGUGGGAAAGCGGUGUAGGAUGGAGAGGACAUGAAAAGGGAUGGUUGAACACCGGUUUGCCUCUGCAGAGGAAAGCAAGAGAGGAAUCAACUCCACCAUUAAUCAAAAUGAAAUCCUUAAAGUAACGAGAGGAAGCUACUGUACUGCACUAACUACUAAAAGCAGUGUCUACAGUCCAUCCAGCACGGAGAGAUGGAAUAAUGUGUGCUUUACAGUGACUCAAUCAGACAGAUAGGGAAGCUCUGCUGUGCUUUUUGUUAUUAAAGAGAGAGCAAAGCAGAAUCCAUUUUCAGAGACAGGGUAUGUAAAGGAAUACAUAAACUGCAUCCAGCACUGUUCUACAGACAACAUUUACCCUCUCUCUGUACCCUCAGUUUAAUGAAUUUCCUCUGAGGACAGGAAACAUCAGUGCCAGUAAUGUUGAGCUUUGCUUGGGUCUCCUGUGGGGCCAUUGAGCAAUUUGAAGACAAUCCAUCUUGAUUUCUUGGAGGCACACGCAAUGCAAAUGAGACAUGCGCAUAUUUGAAGAACAUAUUUUGUGUCCUUGAGGAGUUCAGUGUUCAGAGGCUCAUUCAGAAUCAUAACAACACUUAGAGAUGCAACAAUGCUUUGUCAAUCUGCCUCACACACUUCCCCAUAUAAGUCCAGACACCAUAGAGGGCUCCUCCUACCAGUUAUUAGUCCUUUUAUUUCGCAAUUUGGGGGUAUUAGUUUAACAUUACUAUAAUAGUGUGGAUUUAUUUCUACCUCCUCCCUAAGUCAUUACACCUUAUCUUCACAGAGGCUUACUUGAAAAAGGUAUUCCAUAUCAGAAAUGUAUCAAAUUGGCAAAUAUAGGCAACAUAGUGAGAUUGUAUAGUUUGUAUAAAGGACUGCAGCAGCACAAAGAAUCCUCUCAUGAAUUAUGCUGUAAUUACAGAGAGGGGCACGAGGCUCCUCAGGCCCUGACAAAGAGAGGCCAGGAGAUUCCUUGAUGAAAAAAGGCUGUGUUGUCUAACCCUGUAAUUAAUUUUAAAAAACUUGAAAAGCAAAAAAUAAUAAACAGAUAAUAAGAAAGAAUAUUACUAGCUUUGAUCUAAAGGACAGGGCCAACAUUUGAGCAGACUACUAAAAAGUCACCAAGCCAAUGCAGAUUUAAGCUUUUUAUGAUAUUGUUGUGGUCGUCUGCCAGGGCAGCGGGGAGUCACUUAGAACCGAAGGGUCUUUCUCUGACUCAAGAGAAAUGCUUCUGCUCAGAUUCUCUUCCUUUCAUCCGAGGCUCUACCUUCAUGCUGGGUGGAGAGGUCCAGCUGGCCUGGCUCAUCAUGCGUUCAUCUGAAUACAUUCCUCUGGCGAAGCCAGCAUGUAACGCUUGACAAUAUGUUCAGCUGUGUUAUCUCUCGCACCCAGCAGUGAGUAUGCCAUUACUCACAAAUUGGCCAUUAGGUCUCGGAGGAGUAGUGAGAACAACUUUGUAACAUAUUGUUAGUCGUACUCAAUAGCGUAAUACUAUAAAUAUAGUUUUCCUCCUAUUUUGAGACGUGGAAACUUUCCAAGCACCCAUUAAGUGUAACAUUUGUAUACCUAACCGCUCCUUGCACAUUAGUCAAAAUAUGACAUCGAUAUGGUGUCAAACGACACACUCUGUGUUAAGUAACAGCACAUAGCUCUCAUUAGAAGUAUAUUUGUCCACCUUCUCUUUCCGUGUAUUAUUGUUCUCAUUCCACAACUCUAUUCUUUUACUUUUUCUGUGCUGUUUUUGUUUUCCUGCCUUUUCUUCACACUGCCUUCAUCACACUUCUUCCUUAAUUUUUCCUCCCAGCCUUUCUUCUACGGGUCAUUUAUUUGACCAAGACGUACCCCCGGCAUCCCACGACUCUGUUUCUUAAAUUGUCAUCUCAAGAACUUUCUGUUCUUUUGAGACAGUUAUUUAUAAGCAAGGAAAAAUAAACGUAAAGUUUAUUGAGAUCAAGAGAGAGUGUGAGAAGUAGAAGAGAAAGGAAUGACUGGAUGUAUGAGAGAAGAGAAAGAGGGGGGGUUGAACAAAAACAGGGGAAAGCAGGAAUGUAAGGGGUAAGCAUGGGAUGAGAGCGUUUAUGAGAGUGGAGGUGAAGGAAUAAGAGGGGUGGGAUACAAGGGAAAGCUGUCAAUCAACCUUGAGAAAAUAUAUGAAAGAAAAUAAACCAUUCUGGAAUUGCGUCAAACAGAAAUGAAGACUUAUUAAAAGACAACAAUAUUUACAUGGCAGCACGAUUGCAACAGUCUCUGGCUCCCAUUACUUUCAGUCAGAUUUUAUAAAAUUGCACAACAGAAGCUAUUUAUAGUGUGCAAAUAUAAUGGAUACACCAACAUGUGUUUAAUCCUUCAUCUCAUGUCAUUGAUCUAGUGUCUUGAAUAAGAGGCCCCAGUCUUUUGGUUUGGAUUCUCAGCGAUAUGAUCAGGAAAGAUUUCGCAGCUGACAAAGCUGAGGACAACUAGAGGAAAUUUAAUAACGAGCCAAGGCAUGACUUUGAUAUGGUGAUAAUACCGAACAAGUAAAGUGUUUGUGUAUGAAUAACAUCUGCGCCUGCUAUAAUUUGUGCGUACAAAGUCUUGUGACCGAGCACCAGUGUGACUCCUGGUGACCAUUUUGCACAGGGGAUCAUUUAAACUAAUCAGACAAAGAUUGUAAAAGCUUUCACACAUUAACCCUUUGCUGUCUGUCUUUCAGGAAUGGAAAGCAUCAGUGUGGAAACGGACUGGGAUGGGUUAGCCCUCUCCUGUCUAGGCGCCACAGGAAGGAACAACUUCUCUUCCUCGUCUCUGUUUGUCUCUGAACUGUACUCCCUCAACAGUUCUCACAGCGGGGGGUCAUUUUUUGGGAUCUUCCCUGAGAAUGGUUCCACCACCCCGCCUCACACCUUGCCCCAGCCCAGGAUGAGGGACCCGGGUCUGGCUCGGGCAGAGAUUGCAGUUCUCGGGGUGGUGCUGGCUCUUACCACCCUGGGAAAUAGCUUUGUGCUGUGGGUGCUGCUGAGGAGGAGGAAGCAGAAUGCGCCGAUGCACGUGUUCAUGGUCAACCUGUGUGUGGCUGACCUAGUGGUGGCCCUCUUUCAGGUUCUUCCACAGCUAAUAUGGGACAUCACAGAGAGGUUUCAGGGGCCUGACUUUCUGUGCCGGUCCAUCAAGUACUUGCAGAUUGUGGGCAUGUUUGCUUCCCCCUACAUGAUCGUUGCUAUGACGGUAGACCGGCACCAGGCCAUCUGCUGCCCGUUGCAGGCCUACCGUGGUGGAACAAUGUCCCGCUGGAACACCCCUGUCAUGGUGGCCUGGGCCUUGGCGCUUGUCCUCAGCAUACCACAGGUGUUCAUCUUCUCUCGCUCAGAAGUGAAUCCAGAAGUGUCUCCUGGCGUGUUCGAGUGCUGGGGUCACUUUGCUGAGCCGUGGGGGCUGAAGGCCUACGUCACCUGGAUGACCGUGGCUGUCUUCGUCCUACCUGCCUUCAUCAUUACCAUCUGUCAGAUAAGAAUCUUCCGAGAGCUUCACAACAACAUCUACCAUAAGUCAGAAAGGAUGGUGAUGGCUGAGUUAAAGAAGAGUGAGAUCUUGUUCCGCUUCAAUAGCUUUAAGAAAGAGGACGAGCAAGCCAGGGAGAGGGAGAGGGGAAGACGGGCGUCCAGAGUAGGAGGUAGGGAUGGCAGAGGAGGACAGUUCUUAAAGGGUGUGAAUAACAACCCUCACAAUGACACUCAUAAUAGCCAAGUUGGAGAGUGCUACAACAAUGCACCAUCCGCUGUCCAGUAUCACAGUUGCCGUGGAGAACAUGUGACGACAACAGCAUUGCCUACGCAGCAGCAAACACUGAACUGCCCAGACUGCCAGGACUCCUACACGUCCUACGAGGUGGCCUCUGGCUCACCACGCUGCUCCCUUGACUACACCCGCCCUCCCCCUCCAGCCAUUCCGCCUCCAAGCAUCACAAAAGCCAUGUCCAAGACAGUGAGAAUGACCCUGGUGAUUGUGCUGGUCUAUACUAUCUGCUGGUCGCCUUUCUUCAUCGUCCAGCUUUGGGCGGCCUGGGACCCCAACCCUCCAGACCAAGGAGUGGCCUUCACUAUCCUGAUGCUGCUGGCUAGUCUAAACUCAUGCACCAACCCGUGGAUCUACACAGCUUUCUCCAGCAGCGUGUCCAGAGAGCUGCAGAAUCUGCUGCAGUGUGGGUCACGAACUGGCCGCCGGGGCUCCCUGCCUGACGACUCCACUACCACACACACCUCCACCACCAAGGACAGCAUGUACUGACAGAGACUGAUGAAGCAGAAACAAACAAAGAGACAUGUUCGAAAAAGAAAUGCAGGGGUGCACACGGGCCUGAUGGAAGGACGUGCUAUUGCACAGAACUCUUCCAUCACCACCUACAGCGUCGCAGCCUGGCAACACAGCGCGCUGACCUCUACCAGAUGUUAUCAACAACAAAGGACAGCUGUACUGUCAACAAGUCCUGUAUCUGUAAUCACUGGUCCUCUCCACCCCAUCAGAGAAGAAUGGUGUCAUCGAGGAUGUCAACACCAUUUUAUGAGGGCACUGUAGAAUAUACAGUGGCUGUCAGUGACAGCAUCUGCAAUGCAAAAUGGCCUUGAAAGUAAAGAGGUUUUCACCUCAGCUGCAGUUGAGUAGGACCCUGCGCUUUGAUUCAUACGAGAAAAACUCUCUCGCUGCUCAGACAGCGCAGAGCAGCAGGAAUGCAAAUGGUGAUUCAUUGCAUUAACAGCCUUACAGCACACCUAAUGUACAAAGCAGCAGACAAAGCUUUGGGUGUAGAGAAAACAAAGCAGCAGGCCAAGGGAAAGAGAGAGAGAUGCAAAUUGACAGCCAGAGAGCGAGACUGCUGUUGGACUGAGAACAGAUGGUACGACAUGGAUGUUAUAGCUGCAGGAGCAGUCCGGAGGCUGAAGUAGAAAUCUAAUAAUGUGAACAAACUUUGUUGAAUCAAAUAAAGUGGAUUAAAGGCGGAUGCUUGAGGCUGAAUAUAUAUUUGCUCGGGAGGAAUCCAGUUCCAGGGAAGUAGAGUGAUUUGUUGCAUGGAGAUUCAUUUAUGAGGGCCACUGUGGAUUAUUGCAGACAGAAACGCAUUCACAUACCAUUAGAACGAUUAGGCCUAGAAGAAUACAAAUGGACAAUCCAGGUUUCUGCAACCAACUUGGACCCAAUUGUGUGAUUAUAUUUGGCACAAACACAGCAUAUGAGCUACAUAAAAUGACCUUCUCGUCAUGCUCUUCUGAAUAAAUGAAACAAGAACAUGAAGAAGACACAGGAAGGAAACAAACAGCAUUCCAUGUACAGUGAUGAACAAUGUUAAAUAUAUUUAUUGAAAAUGUAAGGCACAUUAGAUAUUAUCACAUUUUGUGUAGGAUAAAUGUUGAAUGUAAAUCAUACAGUUGUAUUGGUCUGAUAUGUUUAGUAGAAAACAAUGGGGUGUCAAACCAAAGAUUUUUUUAAAGCUCGACUGUAGAAUCAAUUGAGGUCCUAAAAAGGUUAUUACAACGCUUCAGCAGACAUGUAAAGUGUAAAGAGAAACUACUGCACGUCGGUUUAAGAAAAGAAAAACAGUGAAAAUACUUCCAGUCAAACCAAGUGCCUGUAAUGUCAGUAGACAUUUUCAGAGGGGCCUCCCUCACUGGAGUAAUCUCUGAAUGGUGAUGUCAACCAUGUUAUUCUUAGAUAGGAUCAUUGGUUAUAUCACACCAAGAGCCAUGUGUUCUUUUAUAUUUUUAUUUAUUGUUGUAUAAUUGAAAAAAAUAAUAUAUAUAUAUAUCUCUAUAUGUGUGUGUUUUUAACAAUAACUAAUAUAUAUAUAUAUUAUUAGUUCCUAGUACUGCCUCAUUUUCAUGUAGUUUUUAUAUUACAUUUUUAUACGUAAAGAGUAAUGUAUUAUGCCCCUGAACUGCAUGACAGACUUAGAAUAGUAAUGUUACGACAUUUUUUAUAAAGUAUGAUUAUAUAAGCUACUGUACACACAUAUCUGUACAAAUAUGUGAUAACUUUCUGUGUGUAUAAAAAAAGAUUAGAAUUUA